CGCAUACACACAUACAUACGCGCACGCACAGAGAUACAGCGCUCCGCUCCUCUCUCCCCCUCACUCUUUCGCUCGCUGGCUCGCUGGCUGCCGCGGCUGCCAGUGUGUGUCUCUGCCUCCCUUCAGCUUUGCUGAGCCCUCCCUUCUUCCCCUGGCAGUUCCUAGAGUCCGACCCGCCGCCAGCCAGCACCGAGAGGAAGGAGGAGGAGGAGGGCGACGACGACGAAGAGGAGGAGGAGGAGGAAGAGGAGGACAGCGAGGAGGACGGAGAGGAGGAGAGCGAGCAGCAGGAGAAGAGGACGAGCCGGAGCCCGAGCCCGAGCUGGAGGUAUCUUGGUGGUGAAGGGCUGUCAUGAUCUCUACGGCACCGCUCUAUAGUGGGGUGCACAACUGGACCAGUACUGACCGCAUUCGCAUGUGUGGUAUCAACGAGGAGAGGAGAACGUCUCUUUCUGAUGAGGAGUCCCAGGCAGCUGGCUGCCAAGGCUUCGGACCCCAGGAGUUUUGUGUCAGUAGCAGCUUUUCCAAGGUGGAGCUCACGGCAGGCGGCGGCGGCGGCGGCGAUGCCCAAGGGGCGGACGCGGCUAAUCGCGCCAAGGAGAAAUUUGGACACAAGGCGGGGGAGCAGCAACCCAGCACCGAGCCGAAGAUGGCCCCUCCCGGGCCUGACGGUAUUUUUACCCCAUUAACCAAGCCAGGCGACGGCCAAGGGCUCGACAAGCCUUCCCCCCCUGAUGGUCCGGAGCCGAGUGGCAGCCAAGCCGAAGCCCACAUGGACAAGCUGGCCACGUGUCCCCUGGCUGGGCUUAAGGAAGUGGACCACCAGCACCCCGGGGCGCAGAAGAACACUUGCAUUUUGGCAACGCUGGGCAUCGGUGCUACCAUGGAGGGGGCCUUGCCUUUGGUCGCUGCCGACGUCAGUCCUUUGCCUAUCCCCGUUUCCGGCCCCGGCCCCGUGCCCCUGUCGGCUUCUCUCUCGGUUCCCCUCGCCGUUCCCGCCUCGGUCAACCUCUCGGCCUCCGACGCUUCCCCUCCGUUGGCUCCGGCCCCGACCCUGGCUCCGGCUCCCAUCCCCAUAUCUCUUGCCGCUCCGGCCUCCAUUCCUGCACCGGCCCCACUGUCCCUCCCAGCUUUAGUCCUGGCUCCCAUCCCCGCCACUGGCCCCGUUCCCCCCCUCCCUACUCCGGCCCCCUCCCCGGCCACCCUCCCCGGCCCUCCUCCCACUCUCAUCACCGCCUUUGCGGCUGCCACUCCCGCUCCGACCCCUACUCCCGCGCCUGUGUUCACCCCGGCCCCCACCCCCGGCCCCCAGACUAAGCCCGCCCUGGCCCCCAUUCCCACCCCGGCACCCAUCUCGGCCCCCUUCAGCCUCAACCGAGUGUGUUUCCCUGCCACUCAGGCCCCGGCCAUGCAGAAGGUACCCCUGUCCUUUCAGCCCGGGGCAGUCCUGGCCCCGAACCAACCGCUAGUAUACAUCCCUCCCCAGAGUUGCGGGCAGCCUCUCAGUGUGGCCACGAUCCCUGCUCCGUUAGGAGUAUCCUCCACGCUCACACUGCCAGUGCUGCCCACAUACUUGCAGGAGAGGUGUCUGCCGGGUGUUCUGGCCUCUCCCGAGCUCCGUUCUUACCCGUGUGCUUUCUCUGUGGCCCGCCCGCUGACUUCAGAUUCCAAGCUGGUCUCCUUAGAGGUAAACGGACUUCCCUGCACCUCUCCGUCCAGUGGAAAUAGUGGCCAACCCGUGCCUGAUGGCGGCCCCGCUCCUCCGGGGGAUGUGCCCCUACCCGCCCCCGCCGCCAAGAUUCUCCCACCGCCCCCCCAGCCUUCCCUGGCAGCCGCCGGCGGAAGUUCCACCCCGGGACACCCCUCCAAGACUCCGGCUGGUACAGAGCAUCAUGCGGAAGGAGCUUCUGCUGCCUUUUCCCCUCUCAAGUCCCCGCCACAGCUGGAACGAGAGAUGGUCUCCCCUCCCGAGUGCAUCGAGAUGCCCUUGGACCUCUCUUCCAAGUCCAACCGCCAGAAGCUCCCACUGCCGAGCCAGCGCAAGACGCCACCCAUGCCGGUGCUGACGCCGGUGCACACCAGCGGCAAGGCCUUCCUCUCCACGGUCCUGUCCCGCUCCCAUAGAGCGACCCAGGCCACCGGCAGCAACGUCACCUCGUGCCUGGGGUCCGCCUCCCCGUUUGUCAUCUUUCCCGACUUUGUGAGAAACGGGGACCCGAGCGCCUGGGUGAAGAACUCCACGGCGUUGAUCAGCACCAUCCCCGGUACCUACGUCGGGGUGGCCAAUCCCGUGCCCGCUUCCCUGCUGCUGAACAAAGAUGCCAGCCUGGGUGUCGUCCGAGACCCCCGGCACCUGCCCAAACAGGAGCCCAUCUCCAUCGUCGAUCAGGGAGUGCCCAAGAACCCCAGCUCCACCUGUGGCAAGAAGGGCAACCAGUCUGCGGCGGCCGAGAACCCGGUCAGGCGAUCGACGCCGGCCCGGAUCGCCCCCGGGGUGCCUACCUGCCCGUCUAAGGAAAUGCCGUUCUGGAAGCCCACCGGACAGGGGAGCAUCUACUCGAGGUGUUCGAUCAACGGGAAGCCCACCACGGCCCAGGUCUUGCCCGUCGGUUGGUCACCCUAUCACCCGUCUUCACUCUUUUCGAUCGGCAUCCCCAGCCCCGGGCAACUGGCUGCACAUCAGGGGGUACCCAUCAAGCCGGCCGGCAUCGCCGGGGAGUUCUCCCUGGUGCCGUCGGCCAGCCCCGGCGAGGCCGCCCAGGGGGUCGCCGAGGGCCAGCCGAGACCCGGCGGGCCCUUCCCGGAGGGGCAGGAAGCCGUCCUGAAGACCAAUGGCUGCCAACCCCCCGCCAAGCCCUGUGAGGAGCCAGUUAACCCUACCAUUUUGAUCUUAGGUCCUCAGGCCGGCAGCCUACCCAUGUCUCUCCAGCCCGGCGGUAUCGGAGAGGUGAGAGGGCUGAAGGCCAAUGCUGGGGCUCCCCCCCAAGACCACAGGCCGGAGGAUUCGGGCAGUCAGCCGAGUCCCGACCCCCCUUCCAGUCCGGAGGACCCCCACGGCUCCUGCGCCCUGAAGCCGGCGGCAGACGGCAAACCGAAGAACAAGGUGCUGGCCACCUACCUGGCUCCCGACCUGGCCUUGCCCCCUUCUCAGGGUUUCCACAAAUUGUCUGAGAUGUCUUUGCUACCUCACGAAGGCCACCUGAAGGAACUCAAGGCUAAAGCUGACGUACAAGGGACCAAGAGGGGCCUGGGCCUGGGAACGCGCCGGAAAAGUGACGGGGACCUCAGCUGGGUGAAAAAGGAGAACGUGCUGUUCUCUCUGAAUCAGUGCUUUCAGGCUGACGGCUUCCUUGGGGGCACCACCAAAGCCAAAGGGGGGCAGAGUCAGCACAGACAAGAAAGUUGCAACAGUUUCUCAUGCAAGAAUAAGUGGCACCCUGAGGGUGGCGCCAAGAUGUCCUCUAAGAGAGCGAAGUGUACCAGGGCCAUGGAGGAGGACGCACCCGUUGGCAAAUCUCGAGGCCGGAGCCCCCACAGACACAAGUGGAAGAAGCAUCAGCAUCGUGGAGAUUCCCACGAGUCCACCAAGAAAGCCUGCAAGACCUCAGGCAAAGAGCACAAUGGCAUACGAAUCAAGCACAAGCGACAGAAGUCCGCCAAGUCCCAGUCCCAGCUGACGGGAAUCCGAAGAGGAGACGGACAUGAAGAAGGCUACUUGGAGAAGAAAGCAAAGAAUAAUUUCCGCGAUUUCAUCCCUGUAGUCCUGAGUAGCCGGACCCGUAGCCAGUCUGGGACCGCUUGCAGCACCUUCACCGCCACAGCCGAGUGUGAGCUGGGCCGCCCGGAAGAGUUCCCCAUGCUGGAAGAGCGCCAAGAAGAAGUAGGGCUGGGCAGCAAACACCGCAAGAGAAAGGCCCACCGUUCCUCCCAACACGUGAGCCGUCGCUCACGGGGGGACCGCUCCCUGGAAGAUCGGGCCAGCCGGCACCAGCGCAGGGCCCGGGAGCUGCCCUGGAAGGUAGAGUCCCCGAGGCAGCCGUGGGACACGGAAGACGAGGAGGAAGAUGAAGAUGAGGACGAGGACGAAGGCCACGUGAAGAGGAAAAAAAGAAGAAGACAGAAAAACCGCAAGUAUCACACCGGGGAAUACCUGACGGAGCGGGAAGAGCAGGCACACAAAUCUCCGAGCCACCAGCGGCGCAAGGCCCGAACAGAUUCCAAGUCUCGGAAGCAGAAAGAAUCACCCCAAGCUCCUGAGAUCCACCUGAAGACCAAGCACUUGCCAUCUUCCCGUGGGACCGGAAACGUCCCGGUUUUUCCCAAUGGCUUUCUGGAAAACCGUGUGGCCAAGCCCACCCCUGUGAGCAACCAGGAAAAGCCAUCGGGGAAGCGAAAGUGUAAGACCAAGCAUCUGGUCACUCCCCCCGAGGAGGUCAAGAAGAAAGGGCCCUGGCAACAUGUGAGAAUUGUGCCUCCGGGGUCCCCACUCUCACUAAAGCUCACAGAGUUAUGGAACCCCGCAAAGGCCCACUCAAGCCUGGAGAAUCGUCCCGAGUCCCCUUCCGCCUGCCCCAUCCCCCCAGAAGCGCGGCGACUCAUUGUGAACAAGAAUGCUGGAGAGACCCUCUUGCAGCGGGCUGCGAGACUGGGCUACAAGGAUGUGGUCACGUACUGUCUGAAGAAAGAAGGUGAGGACGUGAAUCACCGGGACAACGCCGGCUACACCGCCCUCCACGAGGCCUGCGCCCGAGGCAAGACGGACAUCCUCAACGUCUUGCUGGAGCACGGGGCGAACGUCAACUGCAGCGCUCAGGAUGGCACCAGGCCCGUCCACGAUGCCGCGGUCAACGACAACCUGGAGACUAUCUGGCUCCUGCUCUCCUACGGGGCGGACCCCACGCUCGCCACCUACUCGGGGCAGACGGCCCUGAAGCUCGCCAGCAGUGACAAAAUGAAGACAUUUAUCAGCGAUCACCUUUUAGAUCUCCAGGGUCGCCCAGAGGGUGAUCCGAAAAUGGCCUGGGAUUUCUACAGCAGCUCUGUACUGGAGGGGAAGGACGGGGCCAAGUGCGACCUUCUGGACAACCCCCCCGGAGCCUCGGACAAUGACGAGGAAGACCGGGAGUCGGACGACUUCAUAUUCGAGUUCUCGGACAAGCCGUUGCUUCCCACUUACAACCUGCAAGUGUCGCUUUCCCGUGGGCCCAGUGCUGAGGGCUCCCAAGCCAGAAAGAAAACAGCCCCUACUUGCAAGGAGACAUUACACGGUAUUGGCCCCGAUGGGCGGGAGGACACAAGCAAAGUUUGCCAAUCUCUCAGGCCCUGCAACUGGUUCCUCUUCUCAGAUGUCCUGAAGAGACUGAAGCUGUCGUCCCGGAUAUUCCAGGCCCGCUUCCCGCACUUUGAAAUCAUCACCUUGCCCAAGGUGGAGUUCUACCGGCAGGUGGUUUCCAGCCAGCUGCUCACCCCGGCCGAGAGACCCGGCGGCCUCGACUCGGGCCCCAUGAGCAGCACUGAGACUGUCGAGCUGAUCCGCUACGAGCCCGAGUUGCUGCAGCUCCUAGGGUCUGAGGUCGAGUUCCAGCCCUGGAGCAGCUGACGGGCUUGCCCGCCGGCCCGCUUCCUGGCGCCCCCCCCUCCUCCGCCCCCCCCCCGCCCCUCCCCUUUUUUUCGGACUGACUGCAGUAUGAGGCAAUAAUACGGACCAACUAGAAGCAGCCUUAUCGAUGCCAGCAUUAGUGACUGGAGUGUUUGGGUUCAGAUUCCCUCUCAGCUCCCUCUAGUUGUGCUCAAAGGGGGAAAAGACGCAUCAGAGAGGACCCGCAGUGACUGUGAGAGGGGGCGGGGUGCCCUCCGCUCAGCUCACCUCACCCUCCUAGGCCGGGGACCCGGCUCUAGGCGGGCUCAGGGAUCCCCGGGCCGAGGGAGACGGACCCAGGUCCAGUUGGCGGUGCCAGCCCUGGUGGAGAAAUUAGAAAACUCUUUCUCUAGCAACAGGCCCCUUCCCGUAUCUGCCUCCAUGUCUUCCAUACUAUUUAUUUAAUUAGUAUUUAAUUUGUAUUGUUUCCUUGGUUUCUGAGAAGUCUGUAUCACUGUGAUGAUUUGAGACAUCAUCUUGAAGGAGGGGCUUUAUUCACUUUUUUUGUUUUUGGUUUUUUCCCCCUUCUUUUUUUGGAGAAGCCCGGGGAAGUGCCCGCCCCCCCCCCCCAGUCUCCCUCCCCAGGCCAGACCUUUGGGGCUUCCCGGUAGGAGGGGGAAGCUGAUGGCCAUCUGGGAAGCCCAGUGGUGGGGGGAGCAGAGCUGUGUGACGCUGUCUACAAGCACAAGGGGCUUGGAUCCCAAGGGUUGCGGAUUUUCUACCCUUCUCCCUAACCCUAUCCCGCUCUUGGCUCACACGUGCUUUCCAACAACUCUGCCUUAGCUUAGUUCUGUUCGGGGUGAAGGGCUAAUGAACUGCUAUAACAAAAGGGUGGUGAAAAAUGAGUCAGGGGGGUGCCAGGACCCUUCUUCCCUCCUUCUACCCUGCCUGUCCCCCCCCUUUGCUCUCAGUGCCCAUCCUCCUGUGCCUUCCUCUCCCCACUGUCCCUCAUCUUCAAUUCUCUUCCCGUCCCUUACUGCCAUUCUCCUCUCCACCCCUCCCCACUGCCAUUCUCCUCUUUCUCUUCUCUCCCCCCCUUCCUUCUCACUCCCCCACAUUCUCUUUUGACGCCUUCAUUAGGCUCCCUGACCCCUGGCCACAUGUCGCCUCCAGGACUCAGCUGUUUCCCAGGCAAAGGCAAGAGAAACGUUUCUCUCCUCCCCACCCACCCACCCCCAGCACAGGCCCCAACUCCACCGGCUCCAGCUGCGGGUUGGCCCUCCCAGGCUUCCCUUUGGAGGAGCCCUCAGUCCAUUGCCCCCCUGCCCCCCCCCCUUCUCCACCUACUCAAUUCCCUUUCUCAAACACCCAGAUGGAUAUGAGCUUGUUACUUUUCUAUGGACUGCUAUUUUUCAGAACAGUUCUUGGGGAGAGAGGGUGGCCCCUCCCUGGCCUUCUCUGGUUGUAGAUGGUACAGUUUUAUUGUACAGGUGCUAAAACAAAAAAGAAAAAAAAAGAAAAAAAGAAAGAAAAAAAAGAAAAGACAAAAAAAACCAAAAAACCAAAAAAACAAAAACAAGUAAAAAAAGAAAAAAAAAAAGCCUCUCCAAAAAAAAAAAAAAAUUGCCCAAGUUUGAGGAUGGGACAAUCUGUUCUCUGGAGUCUCCUGACCCUAGCCAGGAGCAGUUGUGGUGAAUUUUCUUCGUAUUGUCUUUAUCCCCCAGUGGGCAGCCUGACCUCCCCUUAUCUGGGACCUCCCCCAUCUCUCAGUCUCUCUGGGGCCCUCUGGACUCAGCUUUUCAAAAAAAAAAAAUCCUUUUUCUUUAAAAAAAAUAUAUAUAUUUAAACAUAUAGAGAUAUUUUUAAAUAUAUAUAUAGAGACAUAUAUAAAGCUGAGGGUUUUGGGGUUUGAGUUUUUCUUUGGGGGUGUCUCCGGUCUUGUUUUUUUUUCCUUUUGAAAGGUUUUCGUCCUUUUCCUUUCGCAUUUGGGUGUGUGUUCCGGCUGCUCUCUCUGUUUGGUUAUAAGCAACAGGCUGUGGUGUCAAAAACACAUUUCUAUACAGAAAAACCUGUAUCAGGCCUCA